AUGGAACCGAAAAAUCUAAUAAAACCUACUUGCUCUUCUUCUUCAUCUUCUUCUUCAAGAAAAUCUAUUUUCAAAGACAACAAUGGAAGAUCUUGUACGAGUUUCAAGGAGAGUGUUAGUUCAAAUGAGUUUGUGGACAAGAAAAGUGGUGGUUUAAGGUUAAAGGAGGAGAGUACAUAUUGUCGUAGAGACAAAUACGACAACAAAAAUGAAGAGUUUGUUCAUGAGUACGAGACCAAACUCAAGUUUACUCAUCUUUCUUAUCCUAACAACCAACAACACCUCAACUAUUAUAAUGCUCAUCAUGAUGAUGAUGAAGAUGAAGAUGAAGAGGAUGAUGAUGAUUUAGAAGAAGAUGGUGAUAAUGAAGGAUUUGAUGAUGAUGAUGAUGAUGAUGAUGAUGAUGGUGAUUAUGAUGAUGGUGAUUAUGAUGAUUAUAAUGACGAUGGUGAUUAUGAUGAUGACUAA